UUAGUUCGAGUUUAGGUCAGUUUAGUGUAGUCUCUUCGGAGUAGUGUGGUGUAGCAUAGCAUAGUUUAGUUUAAGCGUUAGGAAAGGAAUAUUUAUAAAUAUAUGUUUAUGUAGAUUUGAACAAUCUGGGGUUUUUUUUUGUUGGUGAAGGAGUUACAGAGUAAGGUGUGUGCGAGAUGAGUACGCCGGUGUAUGCCUCAGAUGAGGAGGAAUGUGUGUUGGAGUCGACGGCGGCUGAUCUCGGCAGUCACACGCAUGCCAGACGCCUCCAGGCUCAGAUUACAGACCUUUCAGUCAUCGGUCCUGCAGAAACACACGAGCAGCAGGUGAACAGAGGUGAGCGUGCGGAAGAAAAGCUGCAGGUGUUUCUGCGUGUCCGUCCUCUUACAGAUGCAGAGAGACAGCGUGGAGAGGAUCAGGGCUCUGUAUGUGUGCAGAGUGAAGACACACUCCUCCUGAAGGCCCCUAAAGACUCACACAGCAUGAAGAGUGCAGAGAGAGGAGUGUCACAAAGUGUACACAAGUUCACCUUCACACGGAUUUUCAGGGAAUCAGCAUCUCAGCAGGAAGUGUAUGAUCAGGUGAUGAAGGAGAUGGUGCGAGAUGUCCUUCAUGGAGAGAACAGGCUUCUCUACACAUAUGGAGUGACCAAUUCGGGCAAGACCUUCACCAUUCAGGGCUCGGCAGGUGAAGUCGGUCUCCUCCCCCGAGCUUUAGUCUCAGUGUUCACUGCACUGUCGGGACAGCUUUACCCCCGUGCUGACCUGAAGCCCGUUCUCAAGCAGGAGGUCCGCCGACUCAGCGAUGCAGAUGUCCGCACUGAGGAGGACCGACUCCAUGCUCUGCUGCGAGAGGAGGAGGUGUGUAGGAAACGUGGGGGUGUAAAUGCAAGUGUUAGUUGGGACAGUGGGAUCAGUGGACUCUCAGCCAUCACACGAUUGGAAGACUCGGACGGUGUGUGCGUUGACCUAGAGGGAGCAGGCCUCUGCGAUGUCGCCGUGGAUAAAACGCUGCAGUUCGGCAUCUGGGUUUCAUUUUACGAGAUUUACAACGAGUUUGUUUAUGAUCUGCUGGAGCCACCCACAUCUCUGCACACACAGAAGAGGAAUACACUGAGACUGAGCGACGACAAGCACGGCAACGUCUAUGUCAAAGAUCUGACUUGGGUGAAUGUGCGCAGUGCUGACGAGGCAUGGCGAGUGCUCACUGUAGGGCGGAAUAACCAGAGCUUUGCCAGCACGCACCUCAACCACAACUCCAGCCGCAGUCACAGUGUGUUUACUGUGAGAGUGCUGCAUAUCCAGCCGGAGGGCGUCGCCACACGCAUCAGCGAGUUGUGUAUGUGUGACCUGGCUGGCUCGGAGCGCUGUAAAGAUCAGCAGAACGGAGAGCGGAUGAAGGAGGCGAACAUCAUCAACACUUCCUUGCUCACACUGGGACGCUGCAUCAGUGCUAUGAGACACAACCAGACGUACAGGCAGCGCCCGGCGCAGGUUGUUCCCUUCCGAGAAAGUAAACUAACCCGAGUGCUGCAGAGUUUCUUCUCAGGACACGGCCGUGCCUGCAUGAUGGUCAACGUGAAUUCCUGCAGUUCCAGUUACGACGAGACACUGCACGCCCUCAAGUUCUCUGCCAUCGCCACACAGCUGGUCCAUGGUCCUGCCUCUAAGAGCCGAGUGGCCUACAUCCUCUCCUUGCUGCGUGAUCACGCAGACCACACCCUGAUGGAGGAGGACGAGGAGGAGAACAGUGACGAGGAGGAGGAUGUCAGCAUUUUCCAGCCAGAGGCUCUGUUGAAGGCGAUUAACGUGCUAAAACGAGAGGUCCUGCGUCAGCGGGAGGAGAAAGACGAGCUGGAGCUGAAGAUCAGAGAGCAGGUGUGUACGGAGAUGAUGGAGGUCAUCAACCGCAUGCAGCUCGACUUCAGUGAGAGUAUGGAGAGUGAGAGAGAACUGAUGGAGAAUCGGUGUGAGAACAAAAUUACCAACCUGAAGAGCAGCUUAAAGAAGUAUUACAGUCAGCAGCUGGAGGAGCGAGACGAACAGAUCGAAGAGCUCAGUGCAGCCCUGAGAGAGAAGGAGGAAGGAAGCGCAGCUCCUAUUUUUCCUUCUCUGGUGGAGUGCGAUGGACUCCGGCGAUCUCGGCGCAUAGCUUCAUCACACAAACGCAGCAGCCAGAACGAACUCGCGGAGUUGGAACACACUAACGCCGAAUUAGCACAAGUUAAAGCUGAGCUGGAGCAGUGCAGAGCUGAGCUUGACCUCAAACAAACUGAACUUACGCUCAAAACACUCGAGCUGAAGCGUUUUCAGGAUCAUCCAGGAGCCUCAAGCCUAACUGGGACUGCAGAGCGCAAACUCCUUGAUGGACAGAAGACUCUGAGGCAGUUGCGUGCUGAUCUACACACACUGGUGUUGAAGCUGCAGUCUGGAGAGCGAGCGUGCUGUCAUUUUACUGAUGGAGAGAAACUCCGCACAGCCCUGAACACCGCUGACUCAACACUCAUCAAACAGGAUCAGAUGCUGAUGGAACUUCACUCGACCCUGCAGCUCCUUAAAGCACAGCUCCAUCGUAAAGAUGAGACUCUGGCAGAUCUUAAGCGACCUUUCACCGCCACUACCCCUGUGACCCCUAGCUCCUGCAGUAGGCGGGGCUGUGGAGUCGCUGUGGCGAUGGUCGAGAACCAACCCCCAGGCAAGCGACCGUUCCUGCGGCUUUUCACGCCGUCACGUACCAACAAAACGAGUGUGAAGGCAGACAACACAACACCGUAUGCCCGUAUACUGCGCUCACGCCAACCCUCUCCCCCGCCCAGCCCCGCCCUCACACGCAGGGGAAGAUUCUGACACUCACCUGACUCCUGAUUCUUCUGAGAUUUACUAAGGCGUUAAAUAUCAUCACGUUAUACUUCUGUUACUUCCCAAUCCUAGUCCCAUUCUGCUUUUGUAAUCAUGUGUAACACUGAUACGAACCUUUUAAACAUUACUCAUCUAACUAGUCCGCUAAUUAACAGCCCUUCCUGGGUUGAAGUGGGUGUGCGGGGAGAAGGGACACUAAAACAUGCAGGACCAGGUUUAGGUACUUCUGUUGUAAAGCAGAACAUUUAAUUAGCCAAGCUUUAUGGAUUAACAGAGCAGCAGAUUUUCCUCUGUUCAUACUUACACUGAAAUGUCACAUGUAGAAUUUAUUAUACUAUUAAUUAUUAAGCAAUUCUCCAUUAAGCCUUUUCCCUAACAACCUGUUCAUUAAGCUAAAGGGCGGGCCAAGGCAGGAUUUCCAUAAUUACCUACUCUAAUGGCUAAUUAAUGUAAUAACAAUCAAGCUAAUGAAGGUAUUAUUUUAUAUGCAAAAACUAUUACAAAAUAUUGUAAUAUUUUGUAUAUAUGAUCAUUAGCUUAUUGAUUAGUGACUCAUUAACAGUAUAAAUGUGACUCUUAAUGUAAAAUUUGAAGUCUGUCCUGAAAGUUUAUUCAACAUAUUGGAUUGAAUUGAUCUCUCUGGAGUAAAAAAAAAAAGAAGAGUUUGUAAUAAAGGUUAAAGCUUUAACGACAGCACAGUUUGUACAUUUGUGUAGAACAUCUGUCAGAGAUUACACAGAGCUAGGCUAACUGUGCUAUCUAUGCACACAGUUUAUUACGCAGGGCAUUCUUAAGGUAUUCAUACAUAUAUAUUUUUUAAUCUUUUUUUUUUUUUACUUCGUAAGAUUGACAUGAACAGUGUGUUUAUGUUGAUGGUGUGUGUGUUGUGAUUUAUAGAUUGGAUAUAGAGUAAUGACGCAUAGUCACGCUAAAUUUGUAUUCAAAUCUUUAUGCUGUUUAAGUACACACUUUAAUGUUAAUACGAGUUCUGUGUAAAGGAAAUGUUGCGGUGGACUGAAUAAAACACUCAUGUAUACAGACAUAAA